AUGAAGAAUGGGACCGCCACCUCGUGGAGCGAAGCCAAAAUGACCGAAUACAAAGCAAAGAACACCUACCCCUCAUGGGCAGACUUCAUGAAAACCUUCACAGCCAGCUUCAGAACAACAAACAUCAAAGGAACGGCCUCAGCCGCCUUGAUGAAAAUGAAGAUGGAACCAGGAGAAAAUGCAGUGGCAUUUAACUCAAGAUUCAUGCUAGAUGCCAGGAAGAGCGGCAUCAACAACGGAGCCAUGAUCAUGGUUUAUCAGAAAGCAAUCCGACCUCCCCUCCUCCGUGGAGCACUCACCGGAAAGGAACCGGUCACCAUAGAAGAUUGGAUGAACACGGUGGCAAACCUAGAUGCUAACUGGAUCAGUGCCAAUGUUAUCUCCAAAGGGAUGUGGGGUACCAGAAACAAGGAAAGACAGAACAACAAAAAUUGCAAAGGUGGACCACUCACUAGCGCAAAAAGAGUGACCAAAGACGAAGAAGAAACCAGAAGGAAAGAAGGGAGAUGCUUCAUAUGCAACAAAAAAGGGCACAUAGGAAGGAAUUAUUGGAAUGAGGGGAAGACUCCCGAAAGAAAGGUACAUCAAGCCAAAACGGAAGAUGACACCAAAACAGUGGUAGAAGAAGACAGGGUCCAAAACAUUAUGAGGAUGUGGAGGGAGUUAGGAGAAGAUCAAAGAACAGAGGCGAUGAAAAAAUUAGAAGACGAGGGUUUUUAA